AUGAACAAGACUGGUUCGGAAAGACCGAAGCCAUGGAACGGAUACACUACAAGUACAGACCCUAGCCCGUCUCAAGCAGGAGGGAUCGAUCGACAAGUGCAAUGGCAAAGCUACGGGACAUCAUCCAUGAGCGCGAUUUCUUACGGUUUUGUAGCCACGGCUAUCUUGAUUUCCAUGUUUCUUAUCAUGGCCAUCUUUGAACAUUUGUUUAGGCCAAGUCCUAAUCCCUUCUCCACACCUCAAGCUCUCCCUCGUGCUUCUCUGGAGUCUGCACAUUUCAACAAGCAUGGAAGAAUUAAUCGACAAACUGUUUCAACGUUGUGUGCGCCGGAUUUCUCAGUAGUGAUGCCGGGAGAGCAGUGUCCGACCUACAUUGCGCAACGGGCUCCUCUCCCGACGUGCUCCAGGGAAGGGGUGUAUUGGCCUUCCCAUGAACAUAAUAAAUUUGUACUUCCUCCUUAGGAUGAUUGUAGAGGAUGAUAGUUUCACCGAGGCAUUAAAUUAUCGGUACUGAGAGAGGGUGUUUGUAUAUUAGUUUUACCAAAUCAUGAUGUUUCUUCACCAUAUAAUAAUCAACAAUUGACUACUA